UGCAGGUCCUUCGGUCUGUUGCGACCUACAUCUGGUGACGGAUACGGAAGAAUCUAUCUCCCAGAACCGGACGAAUAUUACGGGCUUAUAGACGAGCGUGCGUAUCAUCUCGUUCUAAUGGCUCUCGGAAGAAAAAAUGCAACUCGCCUUCCUCCAGAGGUCAAUCGCAUUCUCUUGGUGAAGAACCUGCCAUAUAAUAUAUCAGCUGAAGAAAUGUACGAUAUAUUUGGAAAGUACGGAGCGAUCCGUCAAAUCCGGGUAGGAAACACCCCAGAAACCAAAGGCACAGGCUUAGUCAUCUACGAGGAUAUUUUUGAUGCAAAAAAUGCUUGUGACCAUUUGAGCGGAUUUAACGUCUGUGGCCGCUAUCUCGUAGUGCUAUACUACUUGCGCCAUAAACAAUUCAAGAAAUCUGAUGUGGACAAAAAGAAAGAGGAGCUUGACCGUUUGAAGGCCAAGUAUGGUCUGAACACGCCAAAAACUAAAUGAAUAGUUGUUGCUGCUUUUUCCACAUCUGCUUGUACAGAAUUUGACCGUUUCUUCAGGUACCUUCUUUUUGGCUUCAAUAAAACAAUAUACAGACGCUUCUAUUUUUCUUUAUUGUAAC